CAUACAAGGUCGCGCCGAGGUCGCGGCAAAUAGUGCUUCAGCUGAGGGAAUCGGGGCGCAAAAGCUUCGCGACGACACAUACCGGUCUCACGAGGCCUCCGACUAAUGUCUGCUAGACGGAACGAAGGUGAAACGAGGGGGAGGAGCAUCCUGCACCCGCCGACUGAAACCACCUCACACAGUUCGAAAUCGCUGAGUCGCGGAGGUGCACACGGUCCAAACGUGCCGACUUAAGCCUGCGAUCAAAGGGAGAAACUAUUCCUUGGAUUGUUGACGCUUUGAAAAUGAGGAGUCAACCCACGAAUGCCCGUUGCAGGGGACACCAGUGAAAUCUGACAUCCCAGCAACGCCAAUCUUAAUCGUAAACCGGCCUUGUGAACUUCCAAGCACGUGCUCUCGCAUUGUCGUCACCGGAACGCGAUGUUUCCACGGUACUAGUGCAGUGAAUGUCAGUUGUGGCAGCGGGGGUGACAGCGGCACCAACUGCGUUUUUCCCGUGACAUCAACCGUUCCACAAUUCGACGCCACUGGAAUUCCACCGUUCCACUUCCCCUCGUGAGAUCAACGUUGGAGCUACUUGACUGAUUUUUCUUAAAGGCGAGUUGUAAUUGUCACCAACAGGUAUUCACUAGUAUUGUGAUGCUACCCUGUGGUGGAAGCCUGCGGUUAUCGAUAUGCAGAAGUGCCAGGGCGUCUCUCUCAAUGAUCCGGUGAUGUAGUUCAUUUUGUUCAUGCCCACGACCUGUAGUGGGUACAGCUUCUGAAGCUCCAGUUUAGUAUAUUGUGUACGCAGAUGCCCUCCUUGCAAAACAACUCAUUUAAACAACCCUUCAUCCGUCUCAUCCUCUACUUCGGCUGCAAGCAUUCAGACUUUAGUUCAUAUUUUCUUUAGUGCAAAUGGCGGAGGAAUGCUUCCCCGCAUGGGCGAGGUCAGUAGAACAGUGUUUGCAACACUAUGACGUCGACCCAAAGAAGGGCCUCAGCAAGAGCGUAGUGCAGAGCAGCCGUGCGAAGUAUGGCUGGAACGAGCUGCAGAAAGAACCAGGAAAACCCAUGUGGAAGCUCGUGCUGGAGCAGUUCGACGAUACGUUGGUGAAAAUACUGUUGUUCGCAGCAUUUGUAAGCCUUGUCUUGGCGUAUAUUGAUGAUCACUCGGCUGAAGAAGGAGCCACAGCCUACGUGGAGCCUAUGGUUAUUGUCAUGAUCCUCAUUUUGAACGCCAUAGUCGGAGUAUGGCAGGAAAGCAACGCGGAGAAUGCCUUGGAGGCUCUCAAGGAGAUGCAAUCAGCCCAAGCCGAAGUGAUCCGAGACGGAGUAGCAAUCUCCGAUUUGCCAGCUAGGGAGCUUGUUCCGGGAGAUAUCGUGGAGCUUCGUGUCGGCGACAAGGUUCCUGCCGACAUGCGGGUAAUUUCUCUCAAGACGUCAACUGUGCGAGUGGAGCAAAGCUCACUAACGGGAGAGAGCAUGGCGGUGUUGAAAUCCAAUCAGAACGUGGAGGAGGAAAUAGAGCUGCAGGGGAAGGAGUGCAUGGUGUUUGCAGGCACUGUCGUGGUCAACGGUUGCUUUGUGUCGGUUGUGGUGAGCACUGGGAUGAACACAGAGAUCGGUAAGAUUCAGUCGCAAAUUGCAGAGGCUUCUCUCGAGGAGGCAGACACUCCAUUGAAAAAGAAAUUGGAUGAGUUUGGGGAGCGUCUCACGAAAGUUAUUGGCGUGAUUUGUGUUCUCGUGUGGAUGAUUAACUACGAGCAUUUCCUGUCUUGGGAUAUGAAGAACGGCUUUCCCACGAAUAUACGUUUCUCCUUUGAAAAGUGCACGUAUUAUUUUAAGAUUGCGGUGGCGUUGGCGGUGGCAGCCAUUCCAGAGGGGCUUCCUGCUGUGAUCACUACUUGCCUGGCACUAGGGACCAAGAAAAUGGCAGCCAAGAAUGCCAUCGUGAGGAAGCUCCCGAGUGUUGAGACUCUGGGAUGCACCACCGUGAUCUGCUCCGACAAGACAGGUACCUUGACAACGAACCAAAUGUCGGUGACGGAGCUCGUGCUCAAUGGCGCAGAACCAGGAGUAACUCGAAAUUUUCACGUUGGAGGCACUUCUUACGAUUUUCAAGAUGGAGUAAUUGAAAGUUUGGAGCCUGGUAAUCUGGACCGCAACCUGGAAACAUUUGCAGAAAUCGCUGCUCGCUGCAACGAUGCCAGGGUGUCGUUAAAAAAUGGUGUGUUCAAGGCAGUUGGGAUGCCGACUGAGGCGGCUCUGAAGGUUGUAGUGGAGAAAAUGGGAGUUCCAGACACGGAUGCGCAGCGCUUCAUCAUGGAGCAACGCGCUUCAGUCGAUCCUUCAGCUGAUGUAGACAGCGUUGAACUGGGUUGCAACGACUGGUGGAGUAAGAGAGGACCUCGUCUAGCUGUUUUGGAAUUUGAUCGUUGUCGUAAAUCCAUGAGUUCCAUCAUUAGAACCCAAGAGGGAACAAACAAGCUCCUGGUGAAGGGGGCUGUUGAGAAUGUUUUGGAACGCAGCACCCAUGUACAACUCUUGGACGGUACAGUGAAGGAGAUGACAGAAGAGGCUCGAAGUGUUUUGCUCUCCAAAAUUUAUAGCAUGAGCACAAAAUGUCUGCGGUGCUUGGGCCUAGCUUACACGGACGACUUGGGGGAUCUUAGUGAUUACGAUGGAGAGUCUCACAGUGCACACAAACUAUUGUUGGAUCCCAUGAACUAUGACGACAUCGAAAGCCGACUCAUUUUCGUAGGCAUGGCUGGAUUGAGGGAUCCUCCUCGAGAGGAAGUGCAUAGUGCGAUUCAAGACUGCUCAGAAGCGGGAAUUCGAGUGAUUGUGAUCACGGGAGAUAACAAGAACACUGCUGAAUCCAUUUGUCGUGAGAUUGGUGUCUUUUCUAAAGACGAAGAUCUUCGGGAGAAGAGCUACACCGGACGCGAAUUUAUGGAUCUUACUCCAGAGAAACGCAAGGAAAUUCUCUUCGGUAAAGGAGGUCGUGUGUUCUCACGAGCAGAGCCAAAGCAUAAACAGGACAUAGUUCGCAUUCUGAAGGAUGGUGGAGAGGUGGUUGCUAUGACUGGAGAUGGUGUUAAUGAUGCUCCUGCCUUGAAGCUGGCAGACAUCGGGGUAGCAAUGGGAAUUUCUGGCACCGAGGUUGCCAAAGAAGCUGCUGACAUGGUGCUGGCAGACGACAAUUUCAGCACAAUCGUGGCAGCUGUUGGAGAGGGUCGUGCAAUUUACAACAACAUGAAAGCCUUCAUCAGGUAUAUGAUCUCUUCAAACAUGGGAGAGGUGGCGUCCAUAUUUUUAACUGCAGCAUUAGGCCUUCCUGAAGGUCUCAUCCCGGUGCAGCUUCUCUGGGUGAAUCUUGUCACCGACGGCCCUCCAGCUACCGCAUUGGGCUUCAACCCUCCAGACCCAGACAUUAUGAAGAAGCCUCCGCGCAAGAGCACUGAUGUCCUCAUCAACUCGUGGGUACUCCUGCGUUACCUGAUUAUUGGCUUAUACGUUGGAAUUGCCACUGUUGGUGCGUUCUCUCUGUGGUUUACGCGCUUCUCUUUCCUUGGAAUCGACCUCUCAAGCGAUGGCCACACUCUCGUAAGCUUCUCCCAGUUGAGAAACUGGGGAGACUGCCCAAAUUGGCAAGACUUCAAGGUAGCGCCGUUCACAGCCGGCAACUUGACCCUCUCCUUCGAGGACAACCCUUGUGACUACUUCACCACCGGAAAGGUCAAGGCCACGACGCUCUCCUUGUCAGUGUUGGUCGCCAUCGAGAUGUUCAACUCUUUGAACGCCCUCUCUGAAGACGGCAGCUUGUUGCAGAUACCGCCCUGGAUGAACCCAUGGCUACUCAUCGCUAUGCUGUUUUCCUUCUCCCUCCACUUCUUGGUUCUCUAUGUACCCGUGCUGGCGUCGAUCUUCGGUAUUGUGCCACUCAACUCGAACGAGUGGCUGUUUGUCUUCGUUCUCGCAUUCCCUGUGAUUUUGAUAGACGAGCUUCUGAAGUUCAUCGGAAGAAGGAUGACUAUCAAUGAAAGGCAAUUGGCCCUUUCCAAGAAACUUAAAGAGCUCUAGACUGCUAAUGGUAGUCCGUAGGUUAGCCAGUCCCAUAGAUUUCAUUCAUUUCAACCUUGUUUCUUCUUUUUUAGCUCAAGAGCAUUUUAGAUGAUGACAUCAACAGGUCCAGUGACACUCGGACAAGGUUUGCAAGCUACUGAAGCAUUUGGUACCCCAGCACCAGCACAUGAUUGCUUGCUGACCGCUUGUGCCCACUUCAAUCGCCUUUCUCUAUGUCCGGCGACGCUGUGAGGUUGAGGCAGGGUUCGGUCUGUAUGCCGAACAUAGAUUAGGAUUACGAGGUAGAUUCAAUGUUUGCUUUCCCCUCAGUAGACUACACCCGAACAGUCGCAUGGAACUGGGUGUCUGUCGAAAUGUAAUUUUUAUUACAUACCUCAUCAAAUUAGUGCUGUCAAACUCUGAAAAUUCUUUCGAUGCCAACUUAUAUUGUUUCCAAGCAUGCGAUGGUUGUUAUGCAGGCUUAUUUUGCAGUAAUAAGAGUUGCAGUUUUGACUAAA